GAAGGGGAAGUUUGGCCGCCGAACGCUCCUUCGCUCGUCCGAAUUCGGUGGCGCCACGUCCGCCGGUCUCCGCCUUCCGCACCGCGGCUUGGGCGGCUUCCGCCUCGACACCUUCCACUCGCGGAGCCGGCCGCGUCGUGAAGCGGCCGGGACGGGGAGUCGGGCGGCUGUGCGCAUCCUGGCCACCUAAGAGGCGAAGAUGUCGGACAUCGGGGACUGGUUCAGGAGCAUCCCGGCCAUCACGCGCUAUUGGUUCGCCGCCACCGUCGCCGUGCCCUUGGUCGGCAAACUCGGUCUCAUCAGCCCGGCCUACUUAUUCCUCUGGCCCGAAGCCUUCCUCUAUCGCUUCCAGAUUUGGAGGCCAGUCACUGCCACCUUUUAUUUCCCUGUGGGUCCAGGAACUGGAUUUCUUUAUUUGGUCAAUUUAUAUUUCUUAUAUCAGUAUUCUACACGACUUGAAACAGGAGCUUUUGAUGGGAGGCCAGCAGACUAUUUAUUCAUGCUUCUCUUUAACUGGAUUUGCAUCGUGAUUACUGGCUUAGUAAUGGAUAUGCAAUUGCUGAUGAUUCCUCUGAUCAUGUCAGUACUUUAUGUCUGGGCCCAGCUGAACAGAGACAUGAUUGUAUCAUUUUGGUUUGGAACCCGAUUUAAGGCCUGUUAUUUACCUUGGGUUAUCCUUGGAUUCAACUAUAUCAUCGGAGGCUCGGUCAUCAAUGAGUUAAUUGGAAACCUUGUUGGACAUCUUUAUUUCUUCCUCAUGUUCAGAUACCCAAUGGACUUGGGAGGAAGAAAUUUUCUCUCCACACCUCAGUUUUUGUACCGCUGGCUGCCCAGCAGGAGAGGAGGGGUGUCAGGAUUUGGCGUGCCCCCUGCUAGCAUGAGGCGAGCUGCUGAUCAGAAUGGCGGAGGCGGGAGACACAACUGGGGACAGGGCUUUCGACUUGGGGACCAGUGAAGGAGCGGCCUCUGGCCUGCCCACCAGCCGCUCUGCUCAGAUGAAGUUUCCUCCCAGUGCUGGGUGUGCUUAACAACCAAGUUCUAGCUAACGCUGUUGGACCCGACCCACACUGAAUGUAGUCUUUCAGUACAAGACACAAUUUUUUAGCUCCUGAAGACAAAUAUAAGUGUUCCUCAAGUUUCAUGAUUCUCAUUCAAGUCCUUACUGCUCUGAAGAACAAAUGUCAACUGUGCAAAUCUCAGAACCAACUAUAUUUUUUGGUGUCUUCUCUUCCUUUUCCGUCAGAAUAAUGGGUUUCGGCAGGUCGUGGUCUGCUGGCACCAAGCUGGGCAUGUGGGGUUGGGUCACCAAACCCUUGUCAAAGGGACUCUUACCUCUUUCUUGCACACAUGCCUCCCUCCUCCUUUUCCCUACCACCAAACUUGCAAUUAGAAGAGGUAGCCCAUAAAAUCGUUCUCCUUUGAAGGCUCUCUUAUUUAUUGACUUUGGCCAAGGCUCAGUCACAAAGAACUUGUUCACACCAUUUUUUCCCCCUUUGGUGGCAGAACUGUAACAAUGGGGGAGAAGAUUGGAGCAGCAGGUAAAGAAUUUUGUCGGCGUUUGGAAUUGCUGUGACCUGAUAUCAGUUGCAACCAUUUGCCACCUCUUCAGAUGUUUUUAUAAAAAAAAAAAAAAAACCACUGAGUCAGCCAGGGCCACAGAUUGGUAUUCAUGGGGCAUGAGGGUUGUUACUAGGCAUUUUUUCCUAGGUUAAGUGAUCAAAACUAUAGUGGAGUUGCAUCUUACACAGGAGCUAGGUUUAAACCGUGGUGGGCAUAAUCCCUUUGCAUCUCAUGUGUGGGGCAUUCUGCCUUUUUGUGUACCCAGUGUAGUUGGAUUGUGUUGUGCUAGAAAGUUCCAAAUCACAUUUGCCACAGGGUGAUGCUCUCUUUUGAGAGGCACCUGGGCAUUGUUCCAUUUCAUUCUCAUUCUGGAUAUACAUUUAUUGAGUAGAGUGGAGGGGAAAACCUAUUUAAAUUGUGGGUUUUUUUGCCCCCCUCCCCCCCCCACGGCCACAUGCUUCAACAUGUUGAUUGUGAGGAAAGUGCAGCUCCUCUGUACGUAGAUCAUAUUUUAAGAGCUAGUAUAAGCACAUCUAAGUGAAUCACAUGAUUUUGGCUUGAGCAUCAUUUGUGUUUGAGGGUCUUUUAUUAUUUCAAGUCAUGAAUGUACAAGUCAUGAACGUCCAUCAGACCAGCUUAAAUACCCACAACUCCUUUUCAUAGGUGGGCUUUUUCCAUCAGAGCUAGGCUUUUCACCAGAUCAAGUUUUUUGACGGCUAUGAUGUUUUACACAGUUUCAUAUUUUAAAUUUUUCUUCUGAAAGCAGACUGCGAGGAGCAGUGUUGAGUGGUUGCCAUACUUUGAGUCAACUGAAAAAUCUUUGAACAUUUUGAUGGAUUUCUUUUCAGGAAGCAUUGUGCACUAACAGCAUGACUAUUCUUUGCCCCACUGUUAAACAGUGAUGUGUGUUAUACUAGGAAGUGGGGAUUUGAAAACAGCUCUUUAUUUUUAAUAAAGUUUGUUUGUGUGUACCUCUCCAUAUUUAAUUUAUAUGAUAAAAUAGGUGGGGAGAAUCUGAAUCUUAACUGUCAUCCGUUCUGCUGUUGACCUAUGGCCACAAUAAAAUUUACUUGUAAAAUUUUAGAAGCCAUCAUUCCUGUUAUGUUGCAUGUGCAGUCCUCAUACAGGAGUGGAAACUCAUUGUAUGUGUAAGCAGAUUCUCACGGUAAGUGAGCUGGAGUCUCUUAUACACCCUGUUAGCAACUCAGCUGCCUGAGAGCAGUGGUUUUUCUAAAGGUUACAAGUAUUCUUUAGAAUUCUUCAGUUCAAGGCAAAGUGUUCAUUAAAUUCUUCCUCUUAAACGUGUUUAGGAAGUUGAUAAUUUUAUUCAUCUCGUCUGGAUUACCUAUCUUUUUGGAAUAAUUUUAGCUAAGCAAGCUAUUUGAGAUUUGAUUUGGCAAGGCAAGGCAUGACAGUGGAUUCUCUUUAUGAAUGAAAAAAAUCCUUAUUUUGUAUGGAGACAUUCCCUUUUUGUAACUAAUCCUUUUUAUUGGUAAAAAUUGUGAAUUAAAAUGUACAACUU